UUCCAAUUCAAUUCCAACUCUAAAUUUUGCAGCCUGUGUUUUUUUCUUUGCACCAAACAAUAUUUUACUACUUGCACUCGUAUUUAUAAAACUUGAACUGAUAUUAUCCCUCUCUCUCCAAACAUCAUGGAAAAGAAGAAUUUAGUGCUGUUAUUGCUUAUAAUAUACUCAUUUGUGGCUUGCCUGGCUGUGUCUCCAACCAGCUUCACAGAUGAGAAUGCACUUCUAGCCUUCAAAGCUCAUAUUACUUUUGAACCUAGUAAUGUUUUGGCAACAAAUUGGUCACAAGGUACCUCCUUUUGCAAUUGGGUUGGUGUUUCUUGUAGCCGUAGGCGCCAAAGAGUGACAGCCUUGAUUCUUCCAAAUAUGGAUCUUACUGGUACUAUCCCCAAAGAAGUCGGCAACCUCUCAUUCCUCGGUUUCUUUGACAUCAGUGAGAACAGUUUUCAUGGCCAUCUCCCUGAUGAACUGAGUCGUUUGCGUCGCCUAAAAUCAAUCAAUUUUAGCUUUAAUGUGUUUAGUGGAAAAAUUUCAUAGAGUUUCAGAUUUCUAACCAAUCUUCAGCUCCUUCUUCUCUCUCACAACAAUUUCACAGGAUCUAUCCCCCGAGACAUAGGCCAUCAUCUAUCCAAGUUGAAGAUAGUCGACAUCAGUGACAAUAACAUUUCAGGGUUCAUUCCUUCCACCAUCUUCAACAUUUCUUCUUUGCAAAAUAUUGUCCUCACUAACAAUAACUUGUAUGGUACUCUCCCAGCGGGCAUGUGCAACAAUCUCCCAAAGCUUCGAGAGCUAUAUCUUCCAUUAAAUCAGCUAAGUGGCAACCUUCCUACUAGCUUGCCCAAAUGUACUGAGCUUCAACAUAUAUCACUAUCAAUCAAUGAAUUUACAGGACAAAUUCCUCAUGGAAUCGGCAACUUAUCUAAGCUUCAGAUUUUAUAUCUUAAUGAUAACAGCCUGACUGGUGAAUUACCUGAUACAAUCUUCAACAUCUCCUCACUUGUGAAUUUAAUAUCCCCAACAAUAAAAUCUCUGGUGGUCUGCCCAAGGGUCUAUGUCGCCGAAAUUCAAGGCUUGAAUUCAUUAACCUUUCUCGGAACCGACUCACUGGCAAUCUCUCUUCUGGACUGUCUCAUUGUAAGUCACUUAAAGUACUCGAUCUAUGGAACAAUAACUUGAAAGGUGAGAUUCCACUUUCAAUCGGUAAUAUGUCCAUGUUAGAGGAGAUUGAUUUGAGUGAAAACAAUUUUCAUGGUGCUAUUCCUUGGCAAUUGGGUCAUCUCUCGAAUUUGAUAAUGUUAAGCCUUGGUUCUAACCACCUUAUGGGUGAAACACCACUUUCAAUCGGUAAUAUGUCCAUGUUAGAGGAGAUUUAUUCGAGUCAAAACAAUUUUCAUGGCGCUAUUCCUUGGCAAUUGGGUCAUCUCUCGAAUUUGAUAAUGUUAAGCCUUGAAUCUAACAACCUUAUGGGUGAAAUACCAUGGUCACUCUUCAACGUAACUAGAUUACGACAAUUUUCCCUUACAAAUUAUAGCCUUUCAGGAAAUCUUCCAUCAAGUUUUGGCCUUUGGCUUCCAAAUCUUGAUAUUCUUUAUCUUGGUUACAACCAAAUCAGUGGAAUAAUUCCCAACUCAAUCUCAAAUGUCUCCCAACUAGUUGAAAUCGAUCUAUCCAGUAACUUGUUUGUUGGUAGCACCAUCUCCAAUUCCUCGAUUUAGGAGUGAAUCAUUUGGAAAAUGAUCCAUGGACACUUGAGCUAAGUUUUCUCACUUCAUUAACAAAUUGCAGGCUUUUGAAAACACUGAUCAUACAAGAUAAUCCUCUA